AAUACCGCACAGCCCUUCUUCCUUUUCUAAGUGUGAUGCCCCCUCUCUCUCUCUCUCUCUCUCUCUCUCUCUAAAUAACUCUAAUAUUUAAGUCUGAAGAUACUUUUUGUUGGCCUGAAAGCAAUAAUGGGUUCUUCUGAAGAAGAAUUAGCAGUGACAUUGGACGAUUUGCAGAAGAAGCUUGGAAAGAAAAACUCCUUUGAAGAUGCAGUUACUUCCAUACAGGUCCUUCUUCAUGACACAUACCCAGUUGCUUCUCCUCCUCUCAAGGAAAAGAUAUAUUCAGUGGUUUGCAGGGUUGGCACCAUUCUUCAAACAAGAUACACAGCUCCUGGCUUCUGGGUUGCUGGUUUAAGGCUUUUUGAGGAAACUGAGUGCUUAGUUAGUAAGCAAUCUGAAAAGGAAAACAUGAGAAUGUUCAUUUCGAGGGCUCGUGAGCAUAUGAUGGAAAUUGACAAUCAACCCGAUUCCUCAGAAUCUGCAAGGAAUAAUGCAAGGGGUACAAGAUAUCUCUUUGAAGGGCAUCUAACAGUUGGGUCAGAGCCCCCUCCUCCCACCUGGCUCGUGGCACAGAAUCUUAUUACUGUUCUUGAUACAAUUUCUGAUAGGAAUGAGAAUGGAGAAACUUUUUCUCGACCAGAGAAUGAUGGUGUCUCAUCAAGCACGAGAAAUGAAUCAGUGGAAAAUAUUGUACAAGAACUUGUACAUAACUUGCAGGAAAUCACUGGUGGCAUAGACAACCUUGAGAGUGUUCUCGAAGCUUCGUUGAGGGAAAUCGAUGGACGUGGAGCAGGGAAGGCACCACCAGCAUCUAAAGAGGUGGUCGCCAAUCUUCCUAUCAUCGAUGUAACAAAUGAGAUAUUGGAGCAGCUUGGAAGAGAGGUGCAGUGCGCUGUGUGUAGAGAGCAGCUUAUGUUGAAUGACAAGAUGCAGGAGUUGCCAUGCAAGCACCUGUUUCAUCCACCGUGCCUCAAACCAUGGCUGGAUGAGCAUAACUCGUGUCCCAUUUGUCGAUACGAGCUGAGGACUGAUGACCAUGUAUAUGAGAGCCGCAAAGAGAGGGAGAGAGAGGCGGAGGAGGAGAGGAAGGGUGCUGCCAAUGCCCUUCGUGGUGGAGAAUACAUGUAUGUCUGAUCAAUCAUCAAUCACCCUUCCACCUUUUCUAUGUUCAUUUUGUUCUUUGUUUUUUUCUUGUUCUUUUUCCUGUCAUCUAUAGAAAUAGAGCACUACAACCAUCUUUUAUUUUUAUAGGGUCAUCAUUUGUUAAAACAUUAUAAGAAUGAAAUCCAUUUGUUUACAAGGUUAAUUGCAGUUAUCGGUAUUUUCAACUAUUGAUUUGCCAAAGAACUGAAUGAUCUCUAUUAAUGCCAUGAUAAAUUUAUUCCCCUCUCAAAA